AUGAAAGAAAUUAAAAUUCUUGUGUUGCAUGAUGAAUCAAUCAGAUUAAGUUUAAAUCACACGUUGUCACUUCCAGGUUUUGCUGCCACACUCAUUAGAAAGUCAUAUGAUGUCAGACGAGUUGAAAUCACGCCCCUGGAGCAGAGGAAGGUAACUUUUGAUACCCAUGCUUUAGUGCAGGAUCUCGAAGCCCAUGGCUUUGGGAAGGAGCAAGCGGAGACCAUCGUAUCGGCGUUAAUAACCCUGUCGAAUGUCAGCUUAGACACAGUCUAUAAGGAUAUGGUUACACAGGCUCAGCAGGAAAUAACUUUACAGCAGAUAAUGGCACAUCUGGACUCCAUUCGAAAAGACAUGGUCAUCUUGGAGAAAAGCGAAUUUGCAAACUUGAGGGCAGAGAAUGAGAAAAUGAAAGUUGAAUUGGAUCAAGUGAAACAGCAGCUAAUGAAUGAGACCGGUAAAAUCCGAGCCGACAGCAAGCUGGACAUAAACCUGGAAAGGAGCAGAGUGACGGAUAUGUUCACAGAUCAGGAGAGGAAACUGAUGGAAGCAACUACGGAGUUUCAUAAGAAAGAUUCGAGUACCAACAGCGUCAUCUCUGAAAUCAGUAAUAAAAUUGACACCGAAAUAGCUUCCUUAAAAACGCUCAUGGAAUCCAAUAAACUUGAUACGAUCCGUUAUUUGGCAGCUUCGGUUUUCACCUGCUUAGCAAUAGCACUGGGAUUUUACAGGUUCUGGAAGUAGAUGUCAGUGGAAUGACUACAUCAAGUACAGGUGGAGGAAAGGCCACCCAGGCAACAUCAGCUGGACUAUCAUGUUUGCGCUGUACAUAACUUUGGUACCUGUUUGUUUCGAU